AUGGGAUUAAUUAAGAAAUUAGCGGGAUUUCUAGGGUUUGCGAGGGAUGAAGGGCAGAUUGAAGUCGCUGAAUCCGCUGAUGCGAGUACAUCUUCAUCAGGUGUUGUUACUGUUGCUGUUGUAGUUCCAGUUCAGCAUCUUCCCCGUAAAGGCUUCAGUGUACCGGUUCAAGUGGUAGUCGAGCGGGCCCAGUUGGGUCUCGUCAUUGUUCCAUGUAAUUCCAUGGAAGGCGACAUUCAGGGCCUGAGAUGGUACGGGAGACGCCUUAUGGAGAUGUCGAUGUUGAAGAUGCACAGGAAAUUGCUGAGGUUGAAGUUAUUUGGGUUUAAGUUAUUGGGCCAGCUUGUGGGUUGA